UUGUGGCAGUUCCGCAAGCAAGACAAUCCAGUAACAGCAUUAUAGUCACGCAACCCACUACUGACCAAAAGAUCGGUAGCGCAGUGGUUGUAGAAUGGAAUACUGAUAACAUUCCCGACAAUGUCACACUCAAAG